AAGAGGUCGAGGUCAUCUAGCUGAAGAGCGUCUUUAGCACCUUUUGCACCUCCAUUCCAACCACAAUGAAGUUCACUAGCGCCUCAGCCAUUAUCAUCAACAUCCUGGCAACCACUAGCUGGGCCACUCCCACUCCUGUCUCUGAAUCCAUCUCGCCCUCGAGGACCUCGGAUCUCGUGUGGUUGGCCUCUGAAACCGCUGGGUGCGGAGCCGCUGGAUCCUGCCAUGGAUUUGGAGGAGGGGAUCUUUGUAACGACCGCGUGUGUUUCGCUCUUCUGACCUCGUUAUUUUGUGAGCUGACGUACUGACGUUGGAGGUUUUGUUGACUCUGGUGAUGUGAGCUAAUGUACGGUGUUUUAAGAGCGUGCUGCUGCUACUAUUCGUAGAAUUCCUGUCGAAUAGUUCCUCACGGAGAGGAGCUUGAGUGAAACAUGAGUUUGACGUGGGUGGCCUGAUAGGGGCUCGUUAUAAAGGAAAGCAAGCAUCCGAGGGGUCUACUUAAAUUGAAAUGAAGUUUCGAUGAUUCAUGGGGUGACUCACUGUGUGUUUCUAGUCGUCAUUAUGAUUCUUGCCUAUGCAGACCUAUAAACUCGUUUUGUAAUCCAUC